AUGGACAAAUACGUGGUGGAGAAAGUCAUUGGCGAAGGCACGUACGGCAUUGUGUAUAAAGCCAAGGAAAAAGCCAGCGGUGACUACGUUGCAAUCAAGAAAUUCAAGUCGACUGGUGACGAGCAGAUGUCGAAGCGGGAGAUUCAAGCAUGCUCAAUGCUCAGCCACCCCAACAUUGUGUCGUAUCGUAACAGUUUCCGACACGAGGGCUUAUUGCACCUAGUAUUUGAUUAUGUGUGCGGAGGCAUGCUUCUGUCCAAAAACAAAAAAGGAGUAAAACCACAGGAAACCAGAAGAAUUAUUUUUCAGCUGUGCAAGGCUCUGGAAUACUGUCACUCCAACCGCAUCAUUCAUCGAGAUGUUAAGCCGGACAACAUUCUUAUCGAUGAAAACGGUGACAUCAAGCUGUGCGACUUUGGCGUCGCACGAACUGUGCAAUUUGAAGGUGACCCGCUAUCAGACUACGUGUCAACGCGUUGGUAUCGUCCUCCAGAGCAGGAGUUGCGUCUUGACCGCUAUUCAUUUGAUGCCGACGUUUGGAGCGUCGGCUGUGUUCUCAUGGAACUGCUAACGGGUCGACCACUCUUCCCGGGAAAUACCCAAAUCGAACAAAUUAACCUCAUUCAGAGAUACCUGGGCCCCCUCCCGGCCGCACUUCAUGCUAGAGUACCACGAGGUGUCACCUCUGUUCAAACAGCAUCCAAAUCUUAUCAGGAGUUGCUAGGCGAGCGACCUCUUCCUGAAGGAACGUUGGAUUUUCUCGUCAACACUUUGCAGCUUGAGCCAAAGCUUCGCUUGUCGGCUAAACAGUGCCUUGAGCACCCGUUCUUGAAGCCAUUUAGAGAUGCAGAACUUAGAGAUCGUGAAAAAAGACGCCGUUCAGGGCGAGCAUCUCGUCUGAGAGAUGACGAAGGUAUUGAGGAAGACAUACCAGGCGAGAAGCAGACAUCGCAUCAGAGAGAAUUUAAAACUGACCAAAAUGUUGCUGGUACUUCAAGUGUAGCCUCGGCAAAGUCAAAACAUUCCCGGUGUUUGAAUGGCCGAACCCCUAACACACACGAUAACAACACCGACUGGGACAGCGAUGACAUCCAGGAAAUCAUUGAGACAGAGGAGGUCGAUUCGUCGUCGCACUUUCGGAUUCGACGGCUCAUGGACAGCAUCAACAACGACUGCAAGUUUCAGGACAACGCUCCUGCAUCGAAAGGCGCCACUCGGCGCAGAUCACUUACCGCCUCGGCAAAGGCAGUCAUCGACCCUUUGGACGGUGAUAGUUGCUAUGACGACGACUUUGAAGAAUAUCACCACGGAUACGAGUAG